UUCAUCAUAAAAAUAUAACAUUAUUUAUUACAUUACUGAAGUACAGUUGUUAAUUCUGGAUGGCCACACAUACGAUGUAUCUUUACGGAAAUAUUACAAGCUCCUCAGUUCUAAAUAAAAUAUUAAGCAGUCUAGAAGACAGCAGCAGACUCAACGAUUCAAACAUAUUAGUGGAGUCAGUGACAAUGGAUGCAAAAAGAGUCAGCGAAAACAGCUGACUUUCCUCCUAGGAAGGUGAAGGUCUGCAGCCAGGUGUCCUCCCGGGAUUUGCCCUCCACCCCCUGUGGAGCCCCAGGCUGGAAGGAGGGAUGCUGCAGCCGGACAAGCUGAUAAGAAAAGCUGCAGCAGUUCCCUGGGAGGUGAGACAGAGGCCAGAUGACACAUGCACAGACUGGAGAGACAGAAACACCUUGGAGAAAACGGGCAAGAAAUAUGAUCUUGCUCUGAUGAAACACGAGGUGGAGGAGACAGAUUGACCCAUUUUGGUGUUUGUGUAUUUCCGCUGCCUUUCCCGUAUAAGAAAGACUGGUGUGAGCUAAAGGCUUCUUCCCUCUCGAUAAGAGAGCCCGUCCUCCUGUGGUCCCAGCGAGUUUGUUCUCUGCUGAGUCAGUCCAUUAAGCAAGACAAGGUGGGAUGUUCACGCUCAGGACGUUAGAGACAACACAUGCUAAAACCUGACUCCCACAGGUUUAAAGUUGUCUUUGCUAAGGAUUUUGCUUUCCAUCAAAACUGGUAUGACAAAAAAUUGAAUUUCGAGCCCAAAACAGAUUGUGGUGUUUAAUAGUUUUCCUGUUAGAUCUAGUGUGAUAACUGAUCUGAUGUGUACAGAUAAAGUUUACGCAAUCUUAAUAAUCUGCUGUGAGACAUGCUCUAAAUUUUUAUGUUUUACAUAAAACACAACCUUCCAGACACAAUGCCUCCUUCUAUGGCCAGAGAUGUCAACUAUAUGCUAAUUAUAAAUGUACUUACAUUCUUUGUUUAAAUAUAUUGCCUCUACAUACCAAAGUCUGUGUCUCAAAGGCUCAAGUAGUAAAGUACAAACACUCCAGUCUGGAGAGCUCUCUGUCAGUUGUAUCUUGCAAUCAAUAAUACUAGUUUGUAUUUUUUAAAAUACAGAAUAAACCUGGUAGAUUAAGAGAGGUCGUGUUUGACAUGCUCACUUCCCAAGGCACCAAAUAGAAGAGAAGUAAGGCGAAGAGUCCCACAUGUGCCACCUCACUGAAUCCUAUGAAAAAGACACGUUACAGAAGGUUGGAUGCCUGGGAGACACUCCAGCGCUAAUGUUCUAUUUUAUUCCAGUGCAAACAUGAAUUAAUAUAACAACCACUUUUUUUUUAAAAGAGAGAAAAGACAAUUUUAAUAGUACAGAUAAACAAAGUAUCCUGUGACAACCUGUUCUUAAACUACAGUCAUCUUCCCUCUAGGGUGUUGAGAUUGGGAUGGGAGGAGGUCUAUUUUAGCUACUGGCCAAAGUAUACCAUAGUAAUGGCAUCCCUACAGGAGAUGGAAAGAUGCUGCUGUGCGUCUGGGUCUAUUUGGAUGGCCCGUACACCUAUGGCUCAUACCAGAACUGGAGGAAGGGAAGUCCUACCAGCAGGCAUGUACCUUUUUCAGCAGUCUUGAUCUUUGUGACUGCUUAGUCUUUGGUGAAAACUGAAGACAACCUGGAGUGUGUGGGACAGCAGAGGACGAGAAAUGCCAAACCAUGACCUCCUCAAGAAGCUGAAGGCCAUAACUUUCUGGGCAUAAUCCCCUCACCCCCGGCCAGUGUCAGCUUCUUCACUUGCAUGGUAGAGCAAACCGCUUCCACUUGACUACAUCUGUGUUUUGCAACGUGUUGUCUCUUGGUCCACACCUCUGAUAUCCCUCUAGUUCCAGCAUCUGAUGUUGCUGGCAGUCCCCAUUGCAACAGUCAAAGCUUUUCUACUAGCACUUCCACAACAGACUGAUGACGGAACCUGCAUUUAGGGACUUGCGGUGUCACCAUCUGUGGGUCUUGCAUAGCACUUCUCACUUUCCUAGCCACUCUUGCAUUCCCAUCUGCCAUUGCUAUAUUGGCUUAUGAUUUGGCCAGGGUACCAGGUUGUUAAGUAGGCUGCAAUACAUGCCUCAACUUUGUAGGAACUAUCCUUCCUUUCAGGACACAGCUUCUUCCUUUCAUUUGCUUCAGAAAUUUUCUUACUUUUUUCCAUCAAUCUCAGCUUCCAAUAGAGGAACUCUGUGAUCUGUAAAACACUUCCUGACAUUACUGCUUUUUUUUUUUUUUAAAUCAAGACUAUUUUACUGACAUCAUCUAUUUCAGCUUUCAUAGCAACCACAAUUCUGGAUUUUUAAUUAUUUCAUAGAAUGUGUUGGGUCAGAAGGGACCUCUGAAGGCCAUCUAGUCCAACCCCCCCUGCAGUCAGCAGGGACAUCUUCAACUAGAUCAGGUUGCUCAGAGCCUCAUCCAGCCUGGCCUUGAAUGCCUCCAGGGAUGGGGCCUCCACCACCUCUCUGGGCAACCUGGGCCACUGUCUCACCACCCUCAGUGCAAAGAACUUCUGCCUAAUGUCUCAUCUACACCUGCCCUGCUCUACUUUAAACCAUUGCCCCUCGUCCUAUCACUCCAUGUCCUUGCAAACAGCCCCUCCCCAGCUGUCCUGUAGGCCCCCUUCAGGUACUGGAAGGCCGCUAUAAGGUCUCCCUGGAGCCUUCUCUUCUCCAGGCUCAACAACCCCAGCUCUCUCAGCCUGUCUUCAUAGUCCUCUGGCCCCGCUCCAACAGGUCCCUGUCCUUCUUGUGCUGAGGGCUCCAGAGCUGGACACAGAGCUUUUCAGCCUGCCAAUUCAAGUCUCACAAGCCAUCUGCUGUGCUAAAUGUCAUGUUGUGUUUAGGUAUCUUUGCAAUGAUUCCUGGAGCCGCACAGAACUACAGUGAGAAGCAGCUGCUUGUAAACUAUGUCAUUGCAAUUAGCUCCGGGAAAUUAAAUUGGAGCUGCCACAGAACCAGGCCUCGAAGUUUCCUUGUGCAUCAUCUUCAUCACUUUGUAAUGAUUAUUUUGUCCCAUCACAGCCAAAUUCUCACUGUUCUCCCUGUUUGCUGUUCAGUUUGUUUCUCUGCCUUCUCUGGAGUCAGCUCUGAUUUUAAGCCCAGCAGCAUGUCUGCAGACAUUGCCAAACAGCAGUCCUGGGCUGCUCACCCUCUCUGGGGCUGACUGAGAGUCCUGUCUACCCACGAUGCCAUGUCUGUCUACCCAGAUGCCAAAAUCUUGUUUGAUUUUACCAUGUUCCACAUGGGUCCUUUCCUCACAGUGCCAUAGUCUCCCUGCCUGGAGGGCCGUAUGAUUGCCAGAAAAAUGGCACAAUUUGCAGGAAACUGGGGCCUGUUUGAAUGUGGAGAGCAGACUCUACGUGACGUGUACCCCUAACCCCAGAAACCAUGUGGUCCACAUCAACAGCAGAGAUGAUGAGGCUGACCAAGUGCUCCUGGCUCCCUCUCUGCCUCUGUGUUUAAGGGCUGGUGUUUAAGUCUGGCUCUGUGUAAUGCUUUGGGAAUAGCAGUCUGCCCUACUGCAGAGCCCUCUCUUCAGGCAGACAGUGAAGCUUAGCAAAGAGUGUGCUAAACGCCACGGAGAAGAACUAAGGAAAGCAACUAAAAAAAUUACACUAGAGCUAAUUCUUCAGCUUUUUUCUGCCUCCUUUGUCUUACACCACCAUCUCUGUCAGGCAGAUAGUGUUUAGGGGUGAGAGGAGGCAAAUGACAUUUCCACUUAAAGCGGUCGGUAUGUGGUUUAAGCACACUCACAUUUUAAUUUCAUGGGCACAAUGAGCAGAGGACUGGGACUCGGGAUGUCUAAAUUUUACACAAGAUAACGUCUACCUCGCUGGGUAGCUUUGCAAAAGUCAUGACAGCUCCAUGUACUUCAGUUUCUACUUUGUGAAACUAAGGUGACAGUAAUGACUGCUUCUUCAAAGCAACGGAGUAAUGGGGUCAUCACUAUUAUUUAUUACUUAGAACCAAAAUGUUGAAGAUUCAGACAAUAAAUAUAAAAGUCCAAAGAUGGGCUAAAAUAUAAUUAUUUUUUUUUUCUCUAAAUUGUUCUUUCCAGACCAAUCCCCUCCUUUAGGUGGUUUGAUGCAUUUGUGUUAGCAUUCUUCCAGUAGCAUCCUUAAAGUCAGGAAAGGGGAGGGGGGUUGGUAAUGGCUCAGGGUUACAGCUAUGCAGAGCGGUAAGGCAGCAGGAAAGACACAGCAUAAGUCUUCUUAUUUGUACCUUAUAAGGAAUAAAUAAUGCACCUAAAGCCUUAAGCUUUGACGCUUUGGGGAGGCAGACAAAAUCUGAGAGGUGUUUCUGCAGAUCUAUUGGCACCUGCUUGCUCUGAACGCUGCAAAGCAGGACCCUUAGCUCUGAUCCCCAGGACAGCUGAAUAGGAUGGGAAGGAGCACCAAGGAGUUUGUGUGGCCUAAAUGAUUUUCCCCUUUUCAGACAUUUGAGUAUCACUGAACUCAAAAUUCCACAACCGAAAAAAAUCAGAGAGUAACCGCCUUAAUUCUCUUCUUAGUCAACAUAUUAAGUUGCUUUGUAGUUGUUUUGAAAAUCAGUCAGAGGUGUUGCUUCCAGCCUCCCCCUCUCUACAGUCCAAGGGCAAACUUGUGCACUGGAAGGGCACUCUAUGCUUUGAAGCCCAGCUGGGUGAAGCCACCUUCUAUACCAUGCUGCAAGUUAAGAACUGCUCAGGCACAUCCUGUGCCUCGUGCCAGAAUUCCGUUGGCUGGCUCCAGGUCAGUGUUUGGAAGCAGUGCAUGAACCUGCAGAGGCGUGCAGACUCUUGAAAGACUCUUCAGGAGAGCACUAGGUGUAUCGAGGAUGGAAUCCACCUGAGGGUACUGAGGAAGCUGGCAGAAGUGCUCACCAAGCCACUUUCCAUCAUUCCUCAGCAGUCCUGGCUAACCAGGGAGGUCCCAGUUGACUGGAGGUUAGCAAAUGUGAUGCCCAUCUACAAGAAUGGCUGAAGGGAGAAUCCAGGCAACUACAAGCCUGUCAGUCUGACCUCAGUGCCUGGGAAGGUUAUGGAGCAGAUCAUCUUGAGUGCCAUCACAUGGCACAUACAGGACAACCAGGUGAUCAGGCCCAGUCAGCAUGGGUUUAUGAAAGGCAGGUCCUGCUCGACAAACCUGAUCUCCUUCUAUGAGAAAGUGACCUGCUUGGCGGAUGACGGAAAGGCUGUGGAUGUUGUUUACCUGGAUUUUAUUAAGGUCUUUGAUAUGGUUUCUGACAGCAUUCUCAUGGAGAAACUGGCUGCUCAUGGCUUGGACAGGAGUACUCUUCGCUGGCUUAAAAUCUGGCUGGAGGGCUGGGCCCAGAGAGUGGUGGUGAAUGGAGUUCAAUCCAGUUGGUGGCUGGUCACGAGUGGUGUUCCCCAGGGCUCAGUAUUGUGGCCAGUUCUCUUUAGUAUCUUUAUCAAUGAUCUGGACAAGGGGAUUGAGUGCACCCACAGUAAGUUUGCAGAUGACACCAAGUUGGGUGGAGUGUUGUUCUGCUUGAGGGUAGGAUGGCUGUACAGAGGGAUCUGGCCCAAGGACAACAGUAUGAGGUUUAAAAAGGCCAAGUGCCAGGUCCUGCACUUGCAUCACAACAACCCCAUGCAGUGCUACAGGCUUGGGGAAGACUGGCUGGAGGGCUGCCCGGCAGAAAAGGACUUGGGAGUAUUGGCUGAAUAUGAGCCAGCAGUGUGCCCAGGUGGUCAAGAAGGCCAAGAAAGCAUCCUGGCUUUUAUCAGACAUAGUGUGGCCAGCAGCACUAGGGCAGUGAUCGUCCACGCCUCGAAUAGUGAGUUCAGUUUUGGGCCCCUCACUGCAAGGAAGAUGGUCCUGGAAGGUCCUGGACUGCCUCAAAAGAGCGGCAAUGAAGCUGGUAAGGGGUCUGAAGGACAAGUCUUAGGAGGAGCAGCUGAGCAAACUGUUCACCCUGGAGAAAAAGAUGUUGAGGGGAGACCUUAUUGCUCUCUACAACUACCUGAAAUGAGGUGGCUGUCAGUCUCUUCUCCCAAGUAAUAGAUGAUAAGACAAGAGGAAAUGGCCUCAAGUUGUGCCAGGGGAGGUUUAGAUUGGAUAUUAGUAAAAACUUCUUCAUUGAAACAGUUAUCAAACAUUGGAACAGGCUGCCCAGGGAAGUGGGUGAAUCACAAUCCCUGGAGGUGUAUUUAAAAGAUGUGUAGACAUGGAGUUUAGGGACAUAGUUUAGUGUUGGACUUGGGAGUGUUAGGUUUACGGUUGGACUCCAAGAUCUUCAGGGUCCAACCUAAAUGAUACUGUGACUCUAAAGAGAUGCAUGGCCAUACAUCAGUCAUCCCAACUCCCCACACACUUAGGCAGAAAGAAGACCUUGUCUCUGAGUUGAAAGGGAAACAUCCUCCAGCCAAUACUCCAGUCUGAGGUCUGGAGGGGCCUAGAGACCCCAGUCAGGAGGGGCCUGAACGCCAAGGACCUUAGGAUGUACCACAGCACAGUGACCCCCUCAGUACUGAGGCCGCCUUUGUAAACUUUGGGAGGCUCCUUCUUGUCGCCUUUUGCAGUACAGGGAGCCUUGCAACCUGAAACAGAAUCUCUUGAUUGCCCUCCUGGUGCAAUGAGGUGCAUGGGGCAAGCAGUGAGAAGCUCAGACGUAGUCCACUGCCCUUGCAAACCACAGAGCAACCUACUGAGCUGUACAAAUACAGGAAGGAUAGAUGAAAGUCUUGGGUGAACGGGAUAAGGAAUGAGAAGUGUGCAAGGACAGUGUAGUGAGUAGUUGUGUGGGUCUAGAAGGGAAAGCUACAUCAUUGAGACUUUUCUGUAUUAAUGUGAUGGUGAAUUAUGCAAGAGGUUGCCUAAUAACAGACCAACAGAGGAAAGAGAUAGGGAAUGAGCCAUCAAUGAAAUGCAGUAUUGAGACAGUCUGAGCAAAAGAAAUAGUAGAAAGAGGGAGAUAAGGGGGAAGAGGACCCUGUGAAGGCUGACAGAGGAAAACAGAGAUACAACAGAUGAGAGAGACUAAAUGUAAGGCAAUGAUCAGAGAGAGUAAAGUGCCACAAGAGACCAGGACCAGUUGUGAUCAAGAAACAGGCAGUCAGCAGCUUCCAGAUAGUAAAGUAGCAAAAAAAGCAAAGAUGAGAUCCAGGUAAGAUCCAUGGGAGAGGCAGAGGUCUGGGAGUGAGCAGGAUUCUGGUAUUCACAACCAGAUUCUGAUAUUGGUAAUUGUCAUGUUUUAGUUUAUGGCUGGAAGAAAGAGGCUGGAGCUCUGAAGUCUUCUAGGAACAAGAACGGAUGUCGCAGGAUAACAAAGUAGAUGUAGUGUUUAGAGAGAAAGAGUGCAGGGUGGAGAGGGAGACAGCAGCUGAAGGAACUCAGGAAAUAACUGUCAUGAAUUGCAUCAGCGAGUCAGGUGGGAGAAGAGGUGGCUGGAUGAGGAGAUGCCAUUGGAUGACAUACAAAGUGAUGUACAGUGGGAGAGAAAGCAGGAAGAAAUAGGGAGGUCAAAAGGAGAAUUGUUUACUGGUGACAGAGUUGUGGGAAGUGAAGGGGUUGACUCUGAAAGGAGACAAUGAGAUAGAAUGGUUGAGGCAGGAACUGAGGGGCCUGAAGAAAGGGUAAAGAAAUGAUUGCCUGUGGCCACAGGUAGCUCAGAGGGUAAGGUGGAGCGGUGUCUUUGCUGGGUGAGAAACAGGUAGGUGUGAUGGUUAAAAAAAGUACAGAGCAAAACCAGCAGAGGCAGUAUCUGUGCAAGGAGAGCAUUUACUCUGACAAGAGCAUCAUUGUGCUGGAGCCAUUGCCUAGAGUCAACACUUCAGUGGUUACUUCUCUGACAGCUUCACACAUGGAUGGUAGCAAGGAUUUAGUAUCUUACUUCAGUGUUGUAACCAUCUCACUUUUACUACUAGCUUGUGCCAAAACUGCUUCUCUAGGCCUUCUUUCCGGUACCAAGUCAGUAUGGUACUGGGAAGGUUAUGUUUGUUUUCUUUUAAGAUUUUCGAAGAUACAGAUCUUUCUCUGGAUUUCAAUGUUAUUGUGUGAGCUAACAGCAUCUAUAAGCGUCACAGAAAAAAAUUAUAUGCAACAAGUUCAAAAGAUUGUUUUCUUAUAGUUGUUGGCUAAAGUUCCUAUUAACUCAGAGACAAGGUGUUGCAAAGUCCAGGAACUGUCAGGAGAAAAAGCAACAUAAAUAAAAAAGUGCUAUGGUUUAUUAGGAAAGAAAUAGCCACUCAGCAUUAUAUUAUCCUCAGUGAGCCUACAUCUUCAAUACCUUGUGUAGUUCUGAUUGUCCCACCUGGAGAAGACAGAGCAGAGCUAGGUCAGGCACAUAGCAGGAGGAUUUUGGGAUCAGAACUGCUCAUCCCGAACCACAAAUGAUUGGGGCAGGAGGGAAGGAACAUGAUAGUGAGCUGUCAGACCAUGAGCUGACUACAGAAGGCAGGUAACUGCCUCUUCUUCCGCAAGAACUAAGACAACAAAUUAACCUGGAGAGGUACAGACCAGUAGGAAGCAGAAGGAGACGCUUCAUGUCUUCAUCACUGUGCUGUGCAGCUGUUUUCUGCAUGCUAUGGGAAGUUUAGAUGAGUUCCAAAAUCAGCUCAUGAGAGAAAAAAAAUCUGUGAAGGGCUGUUUAAAUACAACACUGACACUGUUGGGGAAGACAGUCCCUGAGCAGGGAUCACCAGGGGCUCAAAGUGUAAUCUAGGGACCAAUCACAACGUAUUUCAUUACAAAGCUUUCUUCUCCCACCCUCCCCAAGCAACUGGUACUCACUGGUCACUGUAAGGAUACUGGACUAUAUCGACCUUGGACCUAACCCAAAUUUUUAUUUUUCAUAGACUUGGGAGGAAAGAGACGAACUUGUUUUAGCAGCAGAGAAGACUGAGGAAAAGCACCGAGCAAUAAAGGACAAAAAAGGCACUGACUACACAUCUUCCUUCAACAUAUGUAACACCACAGCAACCAGGCAGCUAAUGACACUCUUAAGCAUACAACUGUAACACAUUUGCGGGCAUUUUAAUCAUAACGUGAGCCAACAUGAAAGAUUCCUGAGAAUUGUGAGCAGUGCUAAGAGGGUUUCCUGACUUGACUCCCACUUUCCACUUUAACCACACCACCAUCCAGCAACCUUUGUCCCUUUUAAAUAGACUUGCCAGAAAGUGAAAGGGCAGAGAGAAGAGCUCCCGAAGCCUGGAUCUGUGAGCAGAGAGCGACGUUGGAGAAGUCGGAUUAAAGACAUCUAAGCACCUGAUGAUAGAAAAAGAGAGUCUUGGUCUCUUUGAGCAAACAAGCAGAGAAAAAUGACACAGUCUUAAUACAUUUGCUAAGUCUACAAAAAAAAAAAAUUCAUAGCGCUGUAAAUAAAAAGGCUAUAAUUUAUGCUGCAGCUCCAGGAGACUGUUUGAUUUUCUACUUUAUAAAACAGGAAGUCAAAAUAAAAUUGGAACUAGAUGUUCUCAUCUUCUACUUUCAGGGACUUAUGAAAAAAACAGUGCAAACAGAGCAUGCAGCAUUAACCAGCGAGGCUGGACUGUUUGUCCCCACAAUAAAUACUUCACCAGUGCAUGUUUGUAAUUUUUUUUCAUUUGUAUAAGGACUGAGACAGCAAUUUAUACAAGCAAAAUUCUUUGAGUAAGAAAUGUGACAUUAGUAUUUCUGUGGUUUGAGUCAAGAUAGAAGAUCCUGACCAGACCCUGUCACCCACCUGGCACGUGGAGGUGCUGGGUGCUUUGGUGCUUCCAAGAUUGUAGUCCUCCGCGAUACGAAGGUUCAGCAUCACUUCUUUCUAGAUUCAAGUUAUGUCCUCCUCCUUGAGCAAGGCAUCUUGUGCUGUACCACCAGCGUUCUGCCCUAGAAGGAUGCUUUAAGCGCAAUUCUUUUCCAUGAAAUCCUAUCUAAAUUUUCAGAUUAGGAUUAAGCAGUAAUGCUUGAGGUAAGGUGUGCAAUGUGGAUACAGAUCUGGUGGCGUCCUCUGCUGACUGUACAUCAAGGUCAUAUAAAAAGAAAAUGAUGUAGUUAUAAAUGUGUCACAUGGGACAUCACAGGACAUGGCCUGUUAUUUCCUCUUCCCUUGCACUGUUCCAAAUUGGGAUACAUCAAGGGACUGUAGACUGACACUGAGCAAGAAUGAGUCAAUUAUGGCAAUAAAGCCAGAUUUUAAAAUGCAAGCGGCUUUCAUGUUUGAGGCCUGGGUGAUGGAUUUCCAUGCUGUUGGGUCUGUGCCUGCACAUGGUCCAUCGCCAGUCCUAGUAACACACCUUGCAAUCUUCAAGCGACACGGCUGCAAGUCUAUGAAGACAUGCCUUUCUGAAGCCCUCCAAGGCAAAAAGGGAGACACACUGACAUCUGGUGUUGAAGACUGAAACAUGCACUCCAAAAACUGCAUUGUAAGAUGCAGAAAUGGUUUUGAACUGCAGGACGGUGAAAGCGCACUGGCAAAUAAUCCUCAGGUUUCUGGUCAGGCAGCAAGUCGCUUAAAAAGAAAUAUAUGUUGAAAAGCUAUGCCUAACGUAACAUCAUCUCCUGUAUUUAAAAUAUAGACACCUAGAAGCAGUUCAGGAGAAUUUGUAGAUUCAUUUUCAGUGCUAUUUUUAGCAAUCUUUUUAGUGUGAUAAAUAGAUUUAAUUACGCUACUAAUUAGAUUGCUUGUUUUUCUGUUUGUCUCAAUGACUGGUCUUUUAACUACGCUUUUGUCAUGCUCUUAGUGUGUUUCUUGUCUGUAACCAGAACAGAGCUGGAGCCUCUCAGUCUGAACUCUUCGGAUCUCCAGUGUAAACGAAAUGAGCUCAGGUCAGGUAUAAAUGCACGUGCUCUUAACGAGACCGAUGAGUUCACCCAUGGCGCAAAAGCAGAGGACUGCAGGGGCUUGCUGGGGCGCGUCCUGUUUUAACCACAAACUUGAGCAAAUCUGAGCCUAUGAUGACCUUUGACACAUUCUUGAAACUCACAUUUUUUGCUGCUUUGUGUUCCGUCUCCAGUGGUGGAAAUCCGCAGAGAGCUGGGGAAGAGCGCGCAGACGGCACACGCCUGGUGCUCCUUCCCUCAAACUCCUGCCAUUGCCCAGACAGCUGCGGGACCUUCUGCCACCAGAAGCUGAAUCUCAAGCUCCAGCAGUGCUUGGAGUAAAACCUUUCUCCCAACAGCCUAAAUCUGUUUCAGAGUUAAGCAAACUUCUGACAUCCUCGGCACAAGAAUCUGCAGCUUGACUGUGCAGCCCGAGAGGAAUUACCACCUUUUGCUCAUUUUUUGGGUGAAUAUAAAUGCUUUUACCAGGAAGGAUUUGUGAAGAAAACAGCUUUCCUGGCUUGUUUCAACUUCAGGUGAGAGACAGGGCCCACAACUCACAACUGCAGGGUACCAAAAAAAAGAGAGAAAUACAGGCAGGUACACUUGAAAACUAAUACAGGGUGGGAAGAGAUGUAGAAGGCUGUUGAGAGGAAGGCUUCAUGCCCCUGACUUUAACGGAGUUAGGAGUGGUCAUUAAAAAUGAGCCUUUGGCUUCUUGGACAUAAGCCCCUGUGCAAAACCCUAAACAGUGAACGUGGAACGAGGUGUUCAUUUGCAAAACACAAGACUGAUAUGAGGUUUUUGCUUACAAAUAAGAAACCGUUAAUUAACUGUUCCUUGGAUGCUGUUAAGUUUUACUAACCUACUGAUUACUGGGUUUUUAUCAGACUUGAGUUAGGAAAGAGGCAGAGCUCAUGAAGGACUGGAAGGCACUUCCUUCAAAGGAGGAAACAAUUGCUGGGCACUGCAAUGAAAGACAGAGUCCGGACAAGCACCACAGGGCAAUGCUUUCUGUCUGCUAGGUAGAGCAGGCUACUGUCGAUAAAGGGCUAACUCUGCUUUUAUCAUAGCAGGAGCAGUGUUGGGAUUCCAGACACUCCCAAGACUUUCUUGUUUGGGACCCGUGGGACAGUAUGAGAAAAACAUAUGAGCAAACACAUGAGCAUAUGAGAAAAACUUGCAGAAAUGCCAUUUUUUAAAGUAGAUUACACAAACAUUUAGUCUUAUGUGACAAAGUAUGGGGUUUUGUGUGAAAAGGCUCAGCUCUAAAUGGUUCUAACAAGUUGCAAGGCUUUCGGGCUUGUGGGUUGUAUUAAACAUCCACCUUACAAUGUACGCUGGUUGCAGGAAGUCCCUGCCUGACACAAAACCAAACCAAACCAAACCAAACCAAGAUUUUCCUCAAAUCCAUUGAUGGUGCUUUUAUUGCAUAGGUCACUGCAGAGUACACGAUCUUAUGGCUGAAAUAGGUACGCCUGAAAUAGGUACACCUGAAAUGCUGUGUUUUCCCGCAAGUUGCAUGACAGUCCAAAAUCAAUAAUCGAAAUAUAGUAUGCGGUAUCAAAAGGUAACACUUAGCUUCCACAGCAUUAGACAAAUGCAAAGUGGUAUCUGCAGCCAACAAAGCAGAUGCCUAGCCCUGAAAUACUAAAGUGAGGGCAUAAAACCCUCAUUCAGCCAUCACUGACUCAUUAGGUGCCAAUAUAAUUUGAGUGGGAUGCCACUGUGGCAGAAGUCUCCCGGCACAAGAGCCAGAGUGAGUGAGGAUUUGGCCCAGGCUGGGCGGGUGACGUGUGACAGCCCAGGCUGCAUUCACUGCAGUUCUCAGCAUCGCCACAAACACCACCUAUGCUGGUUAAAGCAUUCUCCUUUGAGUCGCAGGGGCCAGCUCAUGUUUUCCCCAGGCUUCUGUUGGGUCUUCUUCCUGUUGACGGGGCCGUUGGUUCGGAAUCUGCCCGUUAAGGGGCCUGGGAAGGGGCAAUAUGCAUCCUACCUGCGGCACGUGCCCAGGAAGAGCAACACAGGCAAGAUGGUGCUCUGCGUGUGCCCCAACCCCGCUUCGCUGCUGCAACUCAUCCGAAGCAUUUCCAGAGCUGCGCCUCUCCCAGCUCUGAAUGGUCUGAAAGACUAUUUCUAAGGGGUGUCAGCAGUCACCGGUGCCCUUCUCAGAAAAGCCCAGCUUUUCAAAACAGCCAAGGAACUCGCAUCGCCUCCCGCCCACCUCCACAGCAGGCAGGGCUGCACCCUGCCAGGGCUUUCCAGUAGGUUCAGCACUGAAAAGCCAAGCAGGAAUGCAUCACAGCAAUCCAGCUCUUUACUUUUGAAAAUGCUGCUCAAAACCGCCCUCAAAUGAUUCGUGUGAAUCCACCCCAACGUGUCCCACCCCCCCUCCUCAAGUGGAAGGAAUUUUAAGUUUGUUCUUCUUCUUGGGGAUUUAGCAUUUGCAACGCUCCUCAGGAGGCUGCAGCGCCUCUCCCCUGAAGCUGGAGCUGCAUCCGCAGCGCACGUCAGGGAAGGGGAAGAACACGUGGGGCCCAGGGCAUGUCGCGGCAGGGCCGCAGCACCAUUUGCAGUGCACGAGAGCCUGCCUCUCAAAGAGCGUCUCUCUUCAGCCACUGAAUCGCUUUCAAAUUCUGCCUUCAACAAGAGUUGAGUGAUUCCACCCCGGAAGGCUGGGGGGACCCGGCACAAAUGCAGUGCGGAUGCUGUGAGGAACAACAUCCAGAGCAAAAUGGGAUCUGAUGAUGUGCACACAGCCUCUGACUUCCACUUACUUGCGAUAACAUAGAAGUUAGGAUACUCCUAACAUACUGUCCAGUUCACCAUAGAGAAAACUUGCUUUUAUCUGGUGAUUUCAGCAUCAUAUUGC